GACUACCACUGACCACUCGUGCUACUGGACACUCUCGCAACAAGGGGUGGUGACAUAAUGGCACAAGCACAGGCCUGGACCCCUUACAACAGCCUCACUAAGCCUCCCACCAACCUGAAGGAGGCCAUUGACUGGGUCCUCAGGGUAACUGGUAGGGAUGGUAAGAAGAAUGAGAAGACGGCGCCGGCGGCGCCGCCAAGCACUAGCAAUGCCCCCCACUGUUUGUGCUACCUGGCCAAGGCAAUAAAGGACCUACUGUAUGACGCCAAGGACCCGGGGUCCCCUGGUCCCAGCCCUGAGAGGAACUGGGACGAAAUACUCCUGGAGCAGGAAAAGGACAUAGUCAAGCCAGUGCUCACUGACCUGGGACUACUGAGUACUGGGAGCACUAGUGCUGUCAGUACUACCACUACUUGCGCUGGAGGUACUGAGGUCAUAAAGGCACUGAUAGACCAGCUGGCACUGGGACUACAGAAGUGGGUUGGGUGGAAGGAAGAUGAUGAGUGUUGUCUUAAGGGAGAAAAUGGUAAAGAGAGCAAGGGGAUAGGGAAGAAGUGUGAAUGUAGUACUGGUGGUGUUAGCGGGUGUUGUAGUACUAGUAGUGGUACUACUUGUCAUCAGUGUGGCACGUGUGGUACCAGUGCCACUGGCCAAAAAUGCUACCAGUCGGCCUAUUGCAAAGCCACAAGUCCUCCCAGUUCCCCUACAGACUUCCUUUGGACGUCCAUAUCCAGUGACUCUGAUAAGGUCCACCUCCUGGCCCGGAUUUUCCUAGGGUCAGUAUGUCUCAUCUGGAGUGGACUCAGUCAGUUGGGGUUCCUAACUAAGGAGGGGAGUGGUGGUAUCAAUAAUAGAUGGUCGGACAGUAGUCUGCACGAGAUCAAGGAUGAUGGCACGUCUGGUCUCGGCUCAUUCAUGGCGGCCAUGGGCUACGACCUGGAGAGGUUGAAUCAGGGAGGUAAAGGUAACACGGGUAAUGGAGAGUUUGUGCACACUUUGUUGACGGGAAAAGAUCCUAAGACUGGUGUGGCAUGGAACGAAUUCAAGAAUGGCACAGAUAAGGACAGUGUAGCUGAGUACUAUAGCAGUAUCUAUAGUACAGCACAGGGUGCUGCCAAGAGUACCAGUGAGACCCUCUGUAAGCAGUACCCCCUAUUGGUACUCCAUAUCCUGGCCAGUGGGUACUUCAGGGCAGGCAGUGCCGGGGCCAAGGGUAUCACGUCGCCGGCGAAGCCGGCUGAAAAGAAAGACACUCCUGUCUCUAGGAAACCCCGGACAAUCCGGGAAAUCCUAUACUGGCUUAGUGCAUUGCCCUAUAGUCAGGGAUACAAGGCACUGGUGGAUAGGAUGAAAGAGAAGUAUCCUAGGAAGGAGAACAAACCAGAAGAAUUCGAGGAACAAAUAGUGCUUCACGGAGAAGGUGCUGGCAAAAAGACAGAGCUCCAUAAGGACAAGAUUACCCACUACCUAAUGGCCGCCUGUGGCUACUGCCCACUGGUGCUCAUCGGUAUCCAGGGGACCAUAGAAAGGGAAGUGACACAGCCGCAGACGCAGUCUCCACCAGGUCAGCCGGAGCCGGCAAAGAAGUGUGAAAAGCAUAAGAAAAACCCUAGUGCUAAAAGGUGUACCCUAGAAGACGCCAACAAGGCUGCAUCGGCAGCUCCCAAGGCAGCUCCUGACGACGGCAAACUCAAGGAAGGUGAAGUCUGCUACGGCGGGUACCACCUGGAAGUGUCCAAAUUUGGCCCCCUCCAUGGGAUGUAUGCCAAUGGGCUCUUUGGCUUUGACAUGGACGGCUCUCCUGCCCAGUGCCUGGACCAACUGAGGGUAUAUGUCUACCACUGCUUCUACCAGCUCUAUUUCCUAAGGAAGCAGUGUAGUGUGGGCGCGAUAGCGGCCGGAGGAGGAGGGGCAGGGAAGACAGUGCUGGGCUGGAAUAGUUGUAGGUAUGGUAGUGGAGUUGCGAAGAAAUCUGGUGGCGUUAAUGUGAAAUGGCAGUGCACCGUAGAGAAUACAGGUAGCGGUGGUACGGAUCACACUAAGAAAUGUGGAUUACAGAGUGGUGCAAGUACUGUUAGUGAGUCAGCUUUACAAGGAUUCUUGUGUGAUAGUAUAUAUGGGAUGUACUGCAGGGAAACAUUAGGCAAAACCCCUGACAGUGAAGACAAACCAUAUCCAGAAAUUGAUGCCCAUAUGAACAAGACAGUAGAUUCUAAAGGGAUAGAACAUCCGGCACACCUACAGUAUCCUCAAUUAUGCCCUGUUCCCAUGGGCUGGAGCAAGGAAGGCACUAGUGGUGAGAACCACUUCAAAGAUUUAACCCAAGGUACCCAUAAGCAGGCAGAACUGACAACGAAGCCACCAGGCACUAACAACAAGUACCCUGUACACUGCACUGGGAAUACACUGGCGCUACUCCUGGAGUACUACUGUGACCCAGAAAAGUGCCCUAGUGGCACCCUAGUGGUACUCCUGAGACUGCUGGCAUGUAUUACUCCCACGGUGCCACGGACCCUGGGUGACCUCUUUGGGUUCUAUUACUAUAUAGUCUACAUUGGGGGAAACAGUGCCAGUGGUGUUGGAGAGCAGGAAGUUAACAAGGCCCUAGGGAUAUACGAGCAGGAAUCUAAACUGCAUAUGCUGGGUGGUGGUCCUGAUGCAGUGGUCGAGGCACUAACCACGUGGAACGGUGGUAGUAGUACUGGGUGUAGCGCUGGUGGUUGUACGGAAAAGUCACUUAAGUGCUUAUAUGGCAACGGCAACAAGUGUACUCCAUUCUUAUGCCCCCUCAGUGGCCAGCAGUAUGGCCAGUUGAGUCCCGUGAUGGCCGGGACCUACCUGUCAUGGUUGGUCUAUUUGAUAGGGGAGUUCCAGGAAGGAUUGAAAUCACUGGAAACGGCGUUUAGGGAUAUUAGUUGUAAGGAUUCAGAGUGUCAUAAAGGUGCCGGAGGAGUUGGUGGUGGCUGUGAUAGCAGCUGCACUAGAGGAACCCAUGGAGAGACGUGCAGUGGUGGUACUAAUCAGGGAGUCUGUGGAUGUACCUCUGUCGUAUCAUGUACCGGGGUACUGCCGGUGUUGUACAAGUAUGGCUUUGGGUAUGGUGAUGUCAGUACGCUGCACCCUAGUGUAGGUACACAUAAGAAGUGCCACGACUUCUUAACGACACUGGGUAAUGUAGAAAAAAGCACCGAGUUCACGAAGCUCACCACCUCCAUUAACCAACUCAUCUACACCACCAGGCUCCCCUGGAUAUUUGUACUGACCAUAGCCUGGCUAGUAGCGGUACUGUAUCUAGCCGUUGGUGCCAUAUGGCCACUGGACUGGGCACAUAUGAGGUCACAUUGUAGAGGAUGGUUCAGGAAGGGUAGUCUGAGUCCAUGGGAAGUACUGAUGGUGGGUAAGAAGAAGGGAAGGGGGAUACUAGAGUAUUUUGGAAAGACAUAGUGGCAAAGUAGUGGCGCCUUCGGCGCGAUAACUAGGGAUAAUGU